AUGAUACGCUGUCCAUACAUUCAUGAGAUGCAUGAACGUUUGCUAGGACCAACGCCGAGACGACCGCUGCCAAUAUCAUUUCCACCGCUCGCCAAACCGGAAGUCAUGGAUCGCGAAAGUGACUGUCUGCUGGACAGCCGCCCCGAGAGCCGCCAAAUCGUCGGCACGGUGGUGAAGCUGAACCCGGACGGGUUCGGGGCGCACACCACCUCGACACACCAUCACCAUCAUCAUCACGCGCAGCAGCAGCAUCAGCAGCCGCACCACCGAACGCCGCUAGUGCCUUGCAAUGGGACGGACGACGACGACGAACGUGCCGGGGGACAUCAUCCGAUGCGGGACGGGGCCGGUACGAUUACCAGCACCAUCAGCGACUCGGACGAUGACGGUAUUCAUCUGCGGACGCACCUGCGCAAGAUCAUCGAGGGACGCAAACCGAAAAAUGCCAAAACCUCACUCUUCAUAGUGACCAGUCUAGUCUACGCCAUGCUGCUAAUCGUGGUGUGCGUCGCGUACGUUAUCAGCGACGUCACCACGCACCGUCUGCCUGUGAUCUACUACGAGGGCUUCUUCACCUAUCUGUACGGUGCGAGCAUACUGUUCCUGCUGUAUGUGUUCUGCUUCCUGCUGCAAGAGAGCUCCUGCUGCAACGGAAAACCGAAACCACCGAAGGAGAAGAAACCGAAGAAGGAAAAGAAAUCGAAAAAGAAUGCCGACGUGGAGGCGGGCAAGGAGGGUAAGGAUGGCAAGGAACCGGCCGCUGCCAAGGAUGGCGCGGGCAAGUCAGCGAAGGAGGAGUCGAAAGGCAAAGGGUCGUCCACUAAAGCUAGUUCCUAUCAGUACUCGAAAAAACAGGAAGUAUACCCGAAAAAAAAGCGCGAUCAGCUGCGCGAGUCACAGCGUCACCGUGAGUCGGCACCGGCAUCACCAGUUGCAGCGGUAGCAGUAGCACCAGCCCUGGCUACGCCAUCGGUAACGCCCGGAACGCCAGCCUCACCGUGCGGCAGUAUGGCGUCUACACCGGCCAAACGGAGGGAUAUCCGGCCGGAACAGGGCCGGUGUCGCGCGGAACCAUGCUGGGUGCAGGAGGCGUCACCGAACCCGGAAGCCGCCAUGUCUCCUCGGUUCAAGCGCAAAACUACUCAGGACCCAGCUCACGGCAGUUUCUUCCUGCGUGUUGGAGCAAUCGCAUUCGGGCUCGGUACGAUGAUCUACACCGGGUUGGAGUUUGGAUCCUUCUUCGAGAUACCGUUCACCUCUCCCUGCCAUCAGAUACUGCGCGGCGUCAACCCACUGCUCCAGAUGAUCUUCACCUUCAUGCAGAUGUACUUUAUCUUCAUGAACGCACGGCUCAACAUUCAUCGCUUCAAGGUGCUGGCACGGUUCGGACUGAUGCAUAUAGUGGCGACAAACAUUUGCGUGUGGAUUCGUACGCUGGUGCUGGAAUCGCUGAAGGAGAUCACCGCCUACCAUCAGCGGCGCGGUCCGGAACCAGAAGACUCGGUCAUUCUCGAGAACAUCCGCCAGCACACGCUGCGGAACGCGGGCAUGGUGAUGGGUACGGAUCUGGGCCCUAGCGGCGAUACGGAGUGGGAACCGAUUAGCGUGAAUCUGAACGCGCAGGAAGAUCUGCUGUCCCAGGACGCGUCCAGCGUGCUGUCGAAGAUAGUGCAGGGUACGGCGCAUACCAUCACGGAGGCGGCCACCACGCUGGUAACGGCGGCGACGUCCACCUCGACGGCUGCCCCAACUACCACGACGAUGUCCUCGACGAGUACCUCCACGACGACCGCAUCCACGUCCACAACCACGUCCACCACCUCGACCACACCGGCCUGGAUUGAGCCGAACAGCGGGCUGGCCACUAGCACCAGCACCACCGCCCGGGGACUUUUGGAGCGCCUGCGGGACGUAGUGGCGACCGAGACGACAACCACGUACGAAACACCGGCGGAUCAGUUCGGCAGCGGACACACGCUUUCCACGGCGAACGCAGCGAACGCAACCUCGGCAACGCCCUCGGCCGGAUCGUCGUUCCUGGACUCGUUCAUGGACCAUGUGAACUAUCUCCAGCGCAACAACAGCCUCGACCAGACGUACGAAAGCUUGGACUCGCUGUUUCCUUCCGCGUUCAUCGCGACCUCCACUGCCGUCUCGACCAACGCGACCGCCGUUAGCUGUGGCCGGGUCAACAUCAUGGGCACGAUCGUGCAGGACUCGGCCCCGUACCUGUACCCGUUCAUCAUCGAGUACUCGCUGAUCGGUGCCGCCGUCAUCUAUGUGAUGUGGAAGCAUAUCGGACGCUAUCCUAAGUUCACGAACGAGGAGGAUUUGGAGCACCGUCUGGAGGUGAUGUUGUCCCGCCGUGCUGUCGUUAUGGCGCAGCAGGCUCGUACCGGUCGCGUCGAUUGUGUCGGUGCCUCCAAGGGUCUGUUCUUUGGGUUGCUUCUGCUCGUUGGUUCGCUCAUCUGUCUCAUCCUGUUCUUCGUGCUCGUCAGACACCCGCAACUGUCCCUGUUGGCCAUUUACCUAGCGGACGUUUCGCACUGUGCCCUGAUGGUGCUGGCCAUCUUCGCUAUCAUCAUUGGCUUCAUCCGCGUCCAAAACUUGAAGUUCCGCUGCGAGGAACAGAGCAACCUGAACGACAUACUACUGCGCAUCUCCGCAUUCGGUCUGUUCGUCUACUCCACGUUCAGCGUGAUUGCCGGUUCGCUCAAUGCGUUCGAAAGUGAGCCGAACCUGCUCGUCAUGGUGACGGGUAUCGUCGCGGUGGUCCAGGUCGUCAUACAGCUGCUAUUCAUCGCUGACGUAUCGCGCCGGCGCGUCCACCUGCCCGAGCACGACCGCAUCAAACCGGGCCGCCAGAUUGUCACGUUCUUGCUGAUCUGCAACAUCUCCAUGUUCGCCAUCUACACGUUCGAGGCGCAGAAAGUGUUUGCCAACCCGGUGCAAUUGGACUUUUACGGCUUCAUUGCUUGGUCGCUGAUUCAGCGUGUCACCUUGCCGUUGUGCAUCUUCCACCGCUUCCACAGCGCUGUCACGCUAGCGGAGGUCUGGAAGACCACCUACAAGGCGCGUCUCGAGUAAAUCAUCCGCCAGCGUACAGUUUGCAGAUGCAGUGCAGUGGCUGGAAGUUGAAACAGCAUCGAAACAACGGAAUCGUUUUGAGUCGGUAAAAGGUUUUGUGCAAAACGAACAUUAACGGGGAUGAGAAAAAAAAAAACCAAACGCACACCACUGUUUAGGGAGAGCAUUCUUCUUUACAGACGUUAGCGCGUUACGAAUUUCCCCAGCACGAAACGGGUAGUAACGGUGAAGGAGAAAAUCAAUGACCACCAAUGCCACGCAAUGCUAAAAGGCGGAAGCCGAAAGGGAAUGCUCAACGAAAUAGAACCACUAAUGGAUGGAACACGAGCCAAGCGCGAAGGAGGAGGAGGAGGAGGAAACAAAAACAAAAAGAAACAAGUGAUUUGUUUACGAACUGUAUUUACUUCCUUCCCACAAUUUUUGGACUAGAUUCUACUUCUCUUUUUCGAAAAGGAAAACCAACCAAAAAAAAAACGAUACAAAAAAAUUAUUAACACACAAAACAAAACCCAUUAACCAUGAGCGAAACAAGCGAACGAGGGUGGAAAUGCAACAAUUUUUUAAGAGAAAGAUAAUGAGAGAGAGGAAGCGCGAAAACGCAACGUACACAAAUUCUUAACUGUAACUUUAUACAUUAGUACGAAUACGAAUUAUACAUUUUUACCCGGUUCCACCUUAAACUAUAUGCCCUCCCGUGGAUUUUUAAUACCGUCGCCACUGCCGUCGGUUGGACUGUUUUUCUAUUUCUGGGUUUUUGCCUUUGCCUUUGUUAAAGGGGUUUGCGUAUUUUUUUUCUCGUCUAUCUCCUACUACUUACACGAAGGAAGCACAUUCGAAUCUUCUACGAGGCGCAACGUAGGGAGGGAAAUGUUUUCGAGCGUAUAUUUCUGUGCUCGUUCGCUCAAAGGAGGGAGCUAAGGGGCUAAGAAUUAAAAAAAAAAAAACACGAGAGAAAACAAAACUAUAUGUAUUUAAACUAAAGUAAAAGAAAAACGAAAAGAUUAAUAUAAAGGAAUCGUUGUGUGCAGGACUUAUCUACGUGCACAGUCAGCCACGGCAAAUAUGGUCGGAAAUAGUUUUACAGAUGGCAGCAGAAGUCAAUCCUCCCCCCUGGACACACAAAAGGCUCUAGCGGCCAGUUUUUCGAUUAAUUUAUUUUGUUCCCCGUGUACUGUGUGUGUGCGUGCAACACUUCGGCCACAAACGCAGCGGUACGGUGGUUUGGGAGCGCGAUUAACUUAGUGGAUAAAUGAUAUUACCCAAUAUGUAUGCAUAUAGAAACAGGAUCGUGUAGCAUGUGUUUUGCGCUGGACUCAUAUCCCAACCUUUGGAUCUAGUGAUGGUUUUUAGUUUAGAGAUGUUUUAUUUAUGUUGAUCAUUUAUCUAUUUUUUUUCUUUCUUUCGAGUUCGGUAGUUUUUAAAAAUUAAAAAAAAAACAACCAACAAACUGUCCGGGAGGCAAUAAAAUAUUGUUACAACAGCUUUAGUUUUUAUCCAAAGAAAGCUUCGCGCGCACUUGGAAGGAAAGAUUGACCGCAGGACAAAACGGAACGUAAAACAGAUUUGUUCGGUGCGUUAAAGCCAGAGUUGAGAGGCUGCCAAGUUACUCAAAAAAAAAACAAACAAACAAACUUAAUCUUAACGGAGCUCUCAAUACGACCAAAAAAAGCCAACAAUGCUAUGCUCGUAAGGGUUGAUCCAGGAUUCCUUCCGGUACGGUAGUUUAGUUUAUUUAAUUUUAUGUUUCGAAAUUCCUUUUUUACACUUGACCAAUAAAGCUAGUUUUGCUUGGAGUUCUACGGAAAAAAACAAACUGAUUUUUUGUUCUUUUUUUUCGACAUUUACUACGACCUGUGUUCGGUUGUCUUACGGUACGAGGACAUUAGCAGUAACCCGCUGAGAAGGAAAUCUUCUGGGGAUGGUCAAAGUAAUGCGAUGUGCAUUCUCGACCCAAUUAAAAUAAAGCCAGAUUUAUGGUGUCAGUAUGUGUGUGUGUGUGUGUGUGAGUGAGGAUGUGGGUGUAUGUGUGUGCAUAUGUCAAUAUGGUAUGUGGAAAUGUAACUUAAAAGUAAUAUAAACAGUGUAUUGAAAAGCGUAUGCACACAGUACCACGCACUCACCCACGCAUACGAGACGAGCAUAUAUACACAUAAGUAUAAAUAUAUAUAUACAUACAUAUAUAUACAUAUAUUGGUAGUUAUAAAACUUGCAAAUUUUAUUUAAACCAACAAAUGUUUCAAUAAAUGCAUCAUUGUAUGCGUGGUAGCUUGACUUGACAUGGUGGAUGUGGGUCCGUGGAAGGGAAAUAAGCAAAUCGUAAGGUGUUUUCAAAGCACUUUAAACGCGAAUAAAAUAAAACGAAUUAAUAGAGACGACAAAACCAAGCAGACCCGCCUCCCUAUAAUUCCAACAGGAUGAGAUUAAUUUUUGUUGGAAAAGAAAAUCGUGCUCUUGUUUUUUGCAAAACAGAGUAAAAUGAAGAGAAAGAGAUAGAAAGAAAGAGAAAGGAAAAAGGAGGGAGAGAGAGAGAAAAGUGGUGGGAGCAGUUGAUAACAGAGCUAAGCAAAACAGAAAACAUCCCUUAGGUAAAUCGAUGCAAACUGUGCGUGUGCGUGUUUUGUUGUUUUUCUCUUACUUUUAUGUUUUUGUAAAAUGACGAUACAAUGCAAAACUUAUUGUCAACAUAAACAAACGUAAGAAAGUAAACAAACCGAUUUAAUUUGUUUUUUUUUUGUUCACUCCAGUUUACCCCGAUCGAUCAGCAAAUGGGGAAACUGCAACACAAGCUUGAUUUGGAUUGCUAAUAAGGUUCUUUUUCCGGUACUUCCUGUGAAGGAAAAUUAGUACCGGGUGUGUGAGUGUGGUUUUCGUGUGCAGUUAAAAAUAGACAACCUAUCAUUGGUUAGAAUAGAACGCACUGCAGCAUUCGCAUUUGCAUAGAAAAGGCAAAUUUAACUUCCCAAACGCAAAGCAAAAAGCAAAUUGUUGGUGACAUUUUGGAUUUUUUAUUUCAAUUGAGAUUAUUAAUAAAUGGAAAAAAAUGGAAAGACACUAAACUACAUGUACGGAAAUGUUAAAUGAUUAUUAAAGCAUAUAUUUUGCUGAUCCACUUGAGUUGAUAACAAGCAGGUGUACGGAAUAAGCAAACACGCCAUUUGGCAGUGUGCUGCUUUGUGUGGGAUAUUAUCUUUAACACAAGCCAAACACAAAUGUUCUGUCGAAUCGAACGAAACGUCAAACGUUUAGAGGUGGUCGAGUAAUGCGCGUGUUAGUACUCAGAACGUUCCUUAUCGAAAACAGAACAGAAAAAAAAAUCAAUUCGGUAUGCGUUUGAUUAAUGCUACGACAUUUGCUUCCGCACGGUAAGCUGACGGGCACCGCAAACCGGUGGCCGUUUCUGGCGGCGAAACGCAAAUCAACCAAUUUUGCAAAAAUAAAUAAACAAAAACUCCCUGGAUAUUGACCUUUAUAGCGGAUACAAACAGUUCGACUGGUGUAACGGUCGCAUACAAUACAUGAAUGCCCACCAUGUUUUUACAAAUGAGAAGGAAAAAAAAAUACCGUAUUUGAAUUUUAUGAUCGAUGCAAGGUAAUCUACCCGAAUUUUCGAAUAAAAAAUACAUACACACACCCCCUAAAUCCCAAAGUAAACAAAAACACACAAACCGGAUUAAAACGGCCAGCGAAAACUAAACUUUGCGCCUGGUUUUUGUUUUUUGUGUGGUGAAUUUAUACAAAAUAAUAAAGCACUAAUAAAUGCAAUCAAAACGAUAAGGAAGCAAAUACUGACAGUGUAAGCCCCGUAAAUGUUAUCUGUUUUGCGGCAAGGAGGUAAACAAAAGCAAAACACCUAACGGUGGCAGUGAACUGACUGUCGAGAUACAAAAACCAGAAAAAAAACAAAACAAAACAAAAUCACGACAAACGAGAAUGGGUGGUAAAAUGUAGUGAAGAAACAAACACAUACACACA